ACCGCGCGGCGGGAUCCCGAACGCUCACGGUAAUUGGCCGCUGGCUGAGUAGGCCGCUACUUCUUCGCGCAUGAGGAAGAGGAAAGAAGUGCCCUUCCGGGCUCUGAAAUGUGAGGAGAUUUAUGGUUCCCCACCUUGGUAAUACAAUUCGGAGGCCGGAGCUCGGUUUUGUGUAUCUUGGCGUCUAAGCCAUUUAGAACCCAACGCGUGUUACGCAUAGAUGGCUUUAGGUCUUUCGCUUCUGCGGCAGUCGCGCUGCUUUCACUGAAGAGUUAGCGUGGCAUUUCCUUUUUUUCAGAUUGAACGUUUUCCGUGGGAUAAAGCGCGCGUAGUUUUUACACAAUAGUAUGGAAGGUUCUGGUAAUGAGUUUGGGAGAGGACUAGGGUCUGUCCUCAGGAACCGUGAUAAGGGAGGGAUAUGUCAGUACAGCAGUCUUUAUAGCUUCCAGCUCAUUCGGGCUGUCUCAAAAUUAAUCUUCCUGUAUCAUUCACUUUCAUAUCUACAAGGAAGAGAGCACUAGUAUCCCGUGUUAGAAUCCUUCCUCAGAGCAGGAUUUAUGUGUCAGUGGGUUCUACCAGCCCUUUCCUCUUAUUUCUCAAAAUGGCUUCAGGCCUAUUAUAUCCGAGUUUCAGUUUGAAUCUGCCUCUCUGUUCAGAGUCGUAAACUGACCAGACCUCUUUGUAUUACGUAGGUGCGUACAUUUGCCCUGAAGGCAGUUCUUUCCCAAACGGGGAAAAUAAAAUUACUCCAGGAAAUUUAAAGGCUUCUUAAUUGGAACUUUAUUAGAUGGUCCCUUAACAUAACUAUAACUUAAAGUGUGUGAUGUUGUAUGUAAGCAAAAUAAUUUUAUUCUAGUUACGACAUUUUUAGAUUACAGCGUUAAGCGAACGGGAAUCAGAAACUAAUUUUGUGGUGUGUUUUGUUUGCGUUAGUUAACUUUGUUAACCUUUUUCACUCUCCAGUUGCAUCAAAGCAUCAUUUGAGUCAACCUGCGUAAAGUCUGUAAUAAUGUAACAAGUGGCUCUUAUUUUUAUAAUGUGAACAUAUAAUUAAACUUACCUGUAGUUGUGUAUGAUCAGAAAUAGUCAAAAGUCACCAUUAAUACUAAUUGUGUAAUUUUUCACCUGAAUUUUCGUUCAUCUGAACGUUUUUGUAAUAGCGACUGAAACAUUUAUAUAAUGACAUAAACUGUUAGAGGAUUAUUAUUAGAUUGGUUGAAGGACUCACCUGCAUUACUUAAUUUGACCAGUGUAUUGAAUUAAUUUGUGCUACACACUGAACUUAGAUACUAGAGAUUUUUUUACUGUGUGAAUUGUAUUUCUGCCUUCUAGGAAGUGAUGAUACAAUCAAGGAACCAAAUGCAAAUGAAUAGUAGUAUCUGAUUAAUGCAUUCAGAGAGGAGUAGACAAAAAUGGGCACCGUUAAUUUAUCCACUUGUUUUGUAAACAUUUAUAGAGUUCCUGCUGUGAGUCAGGCACUGUACACAACACCAAAGAGUGGGGUGCCUAACUGCCAAAGGACUGAUAUUUUAAGCAAGGCAUUAAAGAAUGAGUGAAAGUUUGAUCAGUGGAAAAAAGAAGCAGCAUGUGCAAAGGUAUGAGGGUUUUGGAAUGACAGGAACCCAGGAAUGAAGUCACUGGAGGAUAAUGUUGGUUGGGGAAGAGGGUGGAAAUUGAGGUGAGUACAGAUGAAUACAACUUCUGAAAGGCCUCAGGUUGCCAUGCUUUAAUUAAAAAUUGGACUUAAUUAUUUGGCUAAGCUGUAAUUUCCUGAUUAUGUUAGAUGGCUUUUUUAAAUAUAGAAAUUGCCUUCAAACUGUGGAUUUCCUGUACUCUUUUUAUGCCAAUAGGUCAGCUGCCUCAAUGCUCUUGUUGUAAUGAUAUGAUUCUUUAUAGAUGUCUUGCUGUAAUAAUUUGAUUGUUUCUUUACAGAAUUGAUCUUAAGCCUGAGAUUCCUAAAUUUAGCUUUUGAUUUGAAUUUCCCCUUCUGAUUACUUUUGAAGAUGCCUCUAUAAUGUCAGUUAUAGCUGCUUGUCUGAUAUAUAAAUGGAAUACAGGGAGGAGUACUUGGACUGAAGAAACAAGUUAGGUUAAUAUCUGAACUACUUUUUCCUGUGUUAAAAGUAUGCUGGAUUAUAUUUCCAAAAUCUUCAUCUAACCUUAAGUUUCUUUUCUUUGUCCAGCGUAUUAUGCUGUGUUCUUGGAAGGAAGAGGUGUAAGAACAGCUUCUUGCCCUCAGAGCUGUGUACUAACGGGGAUGCUCUUGGCUUUUUUUAACUGGACGGUUCUUUGUUAAUGCAGGACAAGUGGUUACUGCCUAGCUCAUUUUGCCAUCUGGUAAUUUAGACCAAAUUGCUCAAUCAUUUUUCCAGAGAAUUCCAAUGGCUUAUUUUUUAAUGUGUAAUUUCCAGAUUUUUAAAUACUCUCUGAGCUAAUUCAGCACAGGGGCACCAGAUUGCUUCUCUAGUUUAGGGUUUCCAGCGGGUACACUGGAGAGAUUUCUAUUUGUGUAUUUCAAGCUGUAACUCGAAAGGGUGGGUUGGGAUUCUUUGGUUAGGAGUUUGGUGAUCACACUAAGGCAGGUUUGUCUCUGAAAUGUUGAAAGAUCAAAAUGUAUCUCUCUACCUUUUUUCUCCUUGACAUUGAGAAGAUAGAAGUGAAUCAGAGUGGGACUCCAUCGUUGGUAGAACACGCAUUAAAGCAAGAGUAUAAGCCUUGAUUCUUUAGCUUCUAAACAACUAUUAGUCUUUAAGUACUCCGUUAUUCUUGGAAUCUCUUCCUUGAUUGUAAAAGUGAUGCAAGCUGCAAUUGUUGUUUGAAUGCAAUGAAAAUUUUAUAAAAUAGAAUUGUUGUUUUUCAGUUAACGUUAAUUUCUGUUGAAAACUAGCACUUGAGUAGGCUUGGGGGGGGGAGGUUUGUUUCUACAUUUGGUAACAGGAUAGCAAAGUUUGAUUAUGAUAAAUUUCUGUGUUGUAGGAGGGGACAGUGUUAAAAAUGGUUGUCAGUAUUCUUACUGAGUAGUUCUUUUCUAAUGUCUUUGUACUGUUUCUGAAUGUUUAAGAUGGUGUUACUACUUCUCUUGAGUGAACUAAGUAUCAACCUUUCAUUUUCCUUUGGAUAGUUUUAGAACUGUUCAGUGAAUAAUGAAUAAUAGGGAGGUAUAAAUAAGUAUCCUUUCUCUGUGCAGAAUUUCCUUGGCGUUCAAGGAGUGGUGUUCUGCAAACUCAUGCAGCAUUUACAAAAGCUAACUGCAGAAGAUUGCAGCAAAAAUUGGAGGUGAUGCUGGUACAUCACUGAAUUCAAAUGACUAUGGUUAUGGGGGACAAAAAAGACCUUUGGAAGAUGGAGAUGGCUCUUGGACAAGUCCGAGCAGUACAACACACUGGGAGGGAAUGCCCUCUCCUUUUAAAGAUCAACCAGAUGCUAAGAAAGUUGCUCCUCAGAAUGACUCUUUUGGAACACAGUUACCACCGAUGCAUCAGCAGCAAAGCAGGUCUGUAAUGACAGAAGAAUACAAAGUUCCAGAUGGAAUGGUUGGAUUUAUAAUUGGCAGAGGUGGUGAACAGAUUUCACGCAUACAACAAGAAUCUGGAUGCAAAAUACAGAUAGCUCCUGACAGUGGUGGCCUUCCAGAAAGGUCUUGUAUGCUAACUGGAACACCUGAAUCUGUCCAAUCAGCAAAACGAUUAUUGGACCAGAUUGUUGAAAAAGGAAGACCAGCCCCUGGCUUCCACCAUGGUGAUGGACCAGGAAAUGCAGUUCAAGAAAUCAUGAUUCCAGCUAGCAAGGCAGGAUUAGUUAUUGGAAAGGGGGGAGAAACUAUUAAACAACUUCAGGAGCGGGCUGGAGUUAAAAUGGUUAUGAUUCAAGAUGGACCUCAGAACACUGGUGCUGACAAACCUCUUAGGAUUACAGGAGACCCAUACAAAGUACAGCAAGCCAAGGAAAUGGUGUUAGAGUUAAUCCGUGAUCAAGGUGGUUUCAGAGAAGUUCGAAAUGAGUAUGGGUCAAGAAUAGGAGGAAAUGAAGGGAUAGAUGUCCCCAUUCCAAGAUUUGCUGUUGGUAUUGUAAUAGGAAGAAAUGGAGAGAUGAUUAAAAAAAUACAAAAUGAUGCUGGUGUUCGAAUUCAGUUUAAGCCAGAUGAUGGAACAACACCUGAUAGAAUAGCACAAAUAACAGGACCUCCAGACCGAUGUCAGCAUGCUGCAGAAAUUAUUACAGACCUUCUUCGAAGUGUUCAGGCUGGUAAUCCUGGUGGACCUGGACCUGGUGGUCGAGGAAGAGGUAGAGGUCAAGGCAACUGGAACAUGGGACCACCUGGUGGACUACAGGAAUUUAAUUUCAUUGUACCAACUGGGAAAACUGGAUUAAUAAUAGGAAAAGGAGGUGAAACCAUAAAAAGCAUAAGCCAACAGUCUGGUGCAAGAAUAGAACUUCAGAGAAAUCCUCCACCUAAUGCAGAUCCUAAUAUGAAAUUAUUUACAAUUCGUGGCACUCCACAGCAAAUAGACUAUGCGCGGCAACUUAUAGAAGAAAAGAUUGGUGGUCCAGUAAAUCCUUUAGGGCCACCUGUACCCCAUGGGCCCCAUGGUGUCCCAGGCCCCCAUGGACCUCCUGGGCCUCCAGGGCCUGGAACUCCAAUGGGACCAUACAACCCUGCACCUUAUAAUCCAGGACCACCCGGUCCUGCUCCACAUGGUCCUCCAGCUCCUUAUGCUCCCCAGGGGUGGGGAAAUGCAUAUCCACACUGGCAGCAACAGGCCCCUCCUGAUCCAGCUAAGGCAGGAACAGAUCCAAAUUCAGCAGCUUGGGCUGCCUAUUAUGCUCACUAUUAUCAACAGCAAGCACAGCCACCACCUGCAGCUCCUGCUGGUGCACCAACUACAACCCAAACCAAUGGACAAGGUAACUAUGGAGAUCAGCAGAAUCCAGCUCCAGCUGGACAGGUUGAUUAUACCAAGGCUUGGGAAGAGUAUUACAAGAAAAUGGGUCAACAAGGGCAGACACAAGAUUAUUCAAAAGCUUGGGAGGAAUAUUACAAGAAGCAAGGUCAAGCGGUUCCUGCUCCUACUGGUGCUCCACCAGGUGGUCAGCCAGAUUAUAGUGCAGCCUGGGCUGAGUACUAUAGACAACAAGCAGCCUACUAUGCCCAGACAAGUCCCCAGGGAAUGCCACAGCAUCCUCCAGCACCUCAGUGCCUUCCCAGACCUUCCACCUUAGGUUCUGCUGCAAAAAGCAACAGGCAAUUCAGUUUUCAUAAUUUUUAUAUACACUGAAAAAAGGAAAAAUUUAUGAGGAAUACUGGCAGUAUGUUUUUGUUAAGGCAUGUGCAUCAGUGAAAUGUUAACUGUAUAGCAAAUAACCUUUCAUAAUCUGUAUAGCAACCAGUAUUUUUCUGAUUUAUAAUAUUUUAAUAACUGACGCUGCAUUUAUUUUAAUUUUUGCCAGUUUAAAAUGUUUGUGUUCUUAUAAAUGAUUUUAACUGGUACAUAUUUUGAGUUAAGAUGAAUGUAUUUAAAGCAGCAUCAUAUCAGUUUUGUUUAUUCAAUUUCUAAAAUGUGCUGAUCCUUUUAAAAACUCCUGCUUAUCUCUGCAACAAAGAAAAAUAUUCAAAAAUACUGCCUUCAUUUUCACACACAGUGCUGAAGAUGCUGCAAGCACCAAAUCAUAGCUCAUAAAAUCAGGUCCUGAGAUAGUUACCCAUAAAGAGGAAUCCUUUGAGUGUAUGCCAUUGGUGAGCCGAUGAGCAUGGACCAUAGAAGGGCUCAAUGUAGAAGGUAAAAUUGGCAAAUCAUAAUUGAAAAAUAUGAAAUGUAUUCCCAUACAUAAUAUGGUAUAGGGUGUAAUGUACCUGCUUUUGAUCACUUUUCAUUUUAAAGUGCUAUUCGCUUGAUCUUAAAUGUUCCAUGAACUGUUAAAUUUUGUAAGUUAUGUAGUUACUGCACCACAUUUAUGUGUGUGUAUGUAUUGUUUUAAUAGAUGAUAGGUAUGUUAAGAAUGGUAAUAUAAAGGAGCUCUUUGAAACUAAAGAGCCUGUCAAGUUUUGGUUAGUCGUAGUUUGCAUUUUUAUAAAAUAUAGAUGAAUGCUAAUAGAUUUGGGGGCAUUGUUUCUAUCUCGAGAGUUUUUUUACUCAUUACCAUAAGCCUUCACUGAUACUGCAUUUUUAAAAAAUGGCGCUAAUCUUAACUAUGAAAUAAAUGGAAAGCAGAAAAGGUGAGCCAGUUGACUUGAAUGCAAUGGAUGUUAGGAGUGGUAGAAACAAUGUUUAGAUUGAAAUUGAACUGAUUUAUUUUACUUAGCACUUAAAAACUUGACAAUGUGUUUCGUUUUUAAAAGAUAUUUUAGUGUGGUGAAACGUAGAAUUCUUAUGGUUUCAUGUUUCUUUUAGAAAUGAAAAGUAUACUUUUAAUUAAUGAAAAUGGUUUUAAUACUAAAACUAGAGAUUUAAUACUAGUUGUUUAUAAACAUUAUAAAAUAUUUCCUUAGUCAAGCACCUUGGAGUUAAUUCAUAAGGGUGGGUUUGGGUAGGAGUAGCAGAGUACAUUAAGAGGGAAAUAGGAAUAUAUGCAGAAGUGAUAACAUUUGUUUGAAUACUCUGCCAGGAGAACCAGCUCUACCUGCAGACAUCUGUUGUCUAGAAUAAGGAUGUAGAAAUGAUCAAUGAGGAUGUCUUUUUAUUUUCUGAAAAUUCUGCCUCAUUUUAAAAUGUAUUUUAACAAUACCAUAAAGAUAAUUUUGACUCUGAAAAUAACCUUAUUUUUUGUUUAGUCACUUGAGUUUUCUUGCCACAGUAUAAAUUUCUGAGGGAUUUUUUAAACUGGUGCUUUUAAGAAGCAAAUCCCAAGGUUUUAUUUUCUUCAAUGAUAGCCCUAUAGAAACUCUUAAAUGUAUUUGCGCAUAUAUAUAUAUUUUUUCUUAUGCAUGCUCGAUGCAUUUUCGUCCUGAGAAAAGUGUUCUCUACAGAAACUACCCGUGUGUAAAAAGAAGAUUGGCUUAAAAUGGCUACUGUGAUGGGAA